CUCCCUCCUAAAUCCCACCUGAAGCAAGAAACAAGACGUGAAGCGAGGGUUUCAACGUGGUCAAACACUAUUUUUCACGCCGUUUGAUAUUUCUGUCGCCUGCAAUAUUGUCGAAUUGCGUCAGCCAUGGCGGGCAGCAGUGGUCCCUUGUCGUGCCGAUUUUACCAAGACAAGUAUCCCGAAAUCGACGAUGUGGUUAUGGUGAACGUUCGGCGCAUCCAGGAGAUGGGUGCCUACGUCGGCCUGCUCGAGUACGACGACAUCGAGGGCAUGAUACUCCUCUCGGAACUCUCCAGGCGGCGAAUCCGUUCCGUCAACAAACUCAUUCGAAUUGACAAAACGGAGCCGGUCAUCGUCAUUCGAGUCGACAAAGAGAAGGGUUACAUCGAUCUGAGUAAAAGGAGAGUGACGCCUGAGGACGUAGAGAAAUGCAUUUCGCGGUACUCAAACGCCAAAGCCGUCAACUCGAUUCUGCGGCACGUCGCCGAGGUGCUCGAGUUCGACUCGAAGGAGAAGUUGGAGAAGCUGUACGAGCAGACGGCUUGGCACUUUGAGGAGAAGAGCAAGGUGAAGGGCUCAGCUUACGAGUAUUUCAAGCAGGCGGUGCACAACCCCAGCAUUCUGGACGAGUGCGGCCUCGACGAGACGGUCAAGGAGACCUUGCUGUCCAAUAUCAAGAUGAAGCUCACGUCGCCGGUGGUCAAGAUCAGGGCCGAUAUCGAGGUCGCUUGCUAUGGGUAUGAGGGCAUCGACGCCGUCAAGGAGGCUCUCCAGGCCGGCCUCGGCUGCUCCUCGGAAAAUGUGCCCAUUCACAUCAACCUCAUCGCACCCCCUCUCUAUGUGAUGACGACCUCCACGUCUGAGAAGGAGGACGGAAUCACAGCCCUGAACGCAGCUAUUGACGCAAUCAGGGACAAAAUCACGCCUGUUGAUGGCGGUCAGUUCAACGUGAAGACGGAGCCGCACGUGACGACCAAGAUGGACGACGCGAGACUGGCCAAGCAGAUGGAACAGGCCGAGGCGGAGACGCGGCAGGUGGCGGGUGACGACGACGACGAGGAAGAGGAAUCGUUCGAAGGACCAGACGUCGAGGUCAACGGCGAAGGCGGGGAAGCCGGUGAAGGCGAGGGUGUCAAAGAAAACACGGAGGAAUAACAAGUUAUAUAAUGACUUUUUUGAAAAUAAAGUGAAUCGUGUUGUAAUAAUAAA